AUGGACGGAGACUGGGAUGAAGUCUCCCGAAUUUCGCUCCCGGCCCCGGGCGUCCAUGCGAUGCUGACGCCCGUCACCACCAUGAUCUUCGACACUUCGCAGGAGCUUCUCUGGACGGGGAAUGACUACGGCCGAGUCACCUCGUUCAUGGGUUCCGACCUCCAGAGGUACACUUCCUUCAAGGCCCACCUGUCUGCCGACGGACCGGUGCGGCAGGUGUUGGUGAAUGAUAGGGGUGUCAUCGCUCUAGGGCCCAAGGACCUUCACAUGGCCUUGCGGAGGGGACUGCCGAUAUGGCACCUGAGGACUACCGACAUGCAGGACCUUCGAUGCAUGAGCUUUACGUCCAAGGGCACGGCCGAGAUCAUCGUCGCCGGACAUCAGGACAAGAUGCUAGUCAUCGACCUCAAUAAGGGCGAGGUCGUCAAGCAAGUAUCUACCGAGCAUCAAUAUUCCAUCAUGAAGCGCGGCCGGUAUAUUUGCGCCGCAACGAAAACGGGAACUGUCCAUCUUUUGGACCCAAUCACCUUUGCCGUUGUCAAGUCCUGGAACGCCCACUCGGCACUCAUCAAUGACAUGGAUGCCCAGCACGACUUCAUCGUCACAUGCGGAUACUCCCUACGUCAAGGCCAGAACUACAUGCUCGAUCCCUUCCUCAACGUCUUCGACAUCAAGAAGAUGGCCUCGAUGCCGCCGAUUCCCUUCCCCGCCGGAGCCGCAUUCGUUCGCAUGCACCCGAGGAUGUUGACGACGAGCAUCGUAGUCUCGCAGACUGGACAGAUGCACGUUGUCGAUCUGAUGAACCCAAACACGAGCAAUGUCCGCCAAGCAAACGUCAUCUCGUACCUCAGCAUGUUCGAAAUUGCUCCCUCCGGCGAGGCCAUUGCUCUUGCCGAUCCCGAAUGUUCGAUCCACCUAUGGGGAUCACCGUCGAAACUACACUUUGUCGAUCUCGCAACCCCAAUCGAGUUUGCCACGGCCGAGGAAGCGAUGCCACCUGUCGAAUGGACCCCUGACUUUCCACUCAACUCCGUAGGUCUGCCGUACUAUCGUGAUGUGCUGGCAUCAGCCUGGCCGGAUAUUGUCUGCGAUGUUGGCGCCCCACCAGCCAAGUUCGAUGCUCCGUUUCUGCAUGGCCUCAAGACGGCCGAGUUCGGCAUGUAUGGUCGGAAUACGCGCGGCCUUCGAAGAAACCAGGUCGAUGAUACGCGAAGUGUCCACAAGGCCGCCAGUUUGGGUCUAAAGGCCCCCAAGUUUCUGAGCGAAAAGGCUCGAGAAUUGGCGAAGAGCGACACCCGCAGGUUGGAUGAUAAGGCCGAUGAUCUCCCAAGCCCCCUCGGCGGCCCAGAAAUCAAAAGCAUGCAAUCGGAAAUGCCAUUGAUGUACCGAAAUGUUGAGAUCAAGUACAGCAAGUUUGGUGUCGACGACUUCGAUUUCGGCUUCUACAACAAGACUCGCUACUCCGGUUUGGAGAUACACAUCUCCAACUCUUACGCAAACUCCCUGCUUCAGAUCAUGCACUUCACCCCCCUGGUACGGAAUUUGGCCCUACAGCACGCGGCAACGGCAUGCAUCAGCGAGAUAUGCCUGCUUUGCGAAUUGGGUUUCCUUUUCGACAUGCUACAGAAAGCCGAUGGUUCUAUAUGCCAGGCGACCAACUUACUGAGGACUCUCAGCAACCACCCUCAAGCCGCUCCACUGGGACUACUCGAGGAGGACUUGCACGGGUCGUCGUUGAACGUCAUGCUGCAAGGUUUGACACGAUUCUUUCUGGAGAAGAUUGUACAAGACUAUCGAAGCAUGUCGCCCUCUUCUUCUUCCAUGGAGCAGAUCCUGGCCACCUCCGCCACAAGUUCCAUACGAUGUAUGAACUGCAGGAGCGAGUACACCAGACCUGGAUCGACCUUCGUUAAUGAUCUGCUUUAUCCUCCACUUAAACAACCUGGCCGCAACAGUACCAAGAUGCCACGCGUGACUUUCUCUCAAGUUCUUAAGAGUAGCAUUGAGCGAGAGACGACAUCGAAAGGCUGGUGCAGCCGCUGCCAGCGAUAUCAAACCAUCGCCACCAGGAAAUCCAUCUACAACAUUCCCGCCGUGUUGAUGCUGAACACAGCCAUCACCAACCCCGAUCACCGCAUGCUUUGGUCAACGCCAGGGUGGCUGCCGGAGGAGAUUGGUAUCAUCGUCGACCAAGGCCAGUUCUAUUGCUAUGAAGGAGAGGACCUGAAGCUUCACCUGCAACGGGGGAUGCACAACAUCACCGUAUACUCCCUUAUCGGUAUGGCCAUAAAUGUGGAGGGUGGCCAGACCCAAAAGCCUCACUUGGUGGCUGUGAUCAAUGUCGCACACGCCGAACCGGAAGCACCGGGCGAGAGUCAGUGGCACCUGUUCAACGACUUUUUGGUUCGCACCGUCCGCACCGAUGACGCGCUCGCUUUCAACACGUCUUGGAAAGUUCCGUCGGUGAUAUGUUUCCAAAUGAAACAAGCAAACAACAAAAUCGAUACAGACUGGAAAGACCAUCUCGACACCUCCAUUCUAUACCAAGACUUCAGUCCCAGCUUGAACUCCGAAGUCAAGACGUAUCAAAUUCUCGAUCCCAAGACGGAACGUCCUGGCCCGGAGACAAUCAUUGCCCUCGACACAGAAUUCGUCGCCGUGCGGCAGCCGGAAAUUGAGAUGAACUCGGAUGGCGAGCGAGAGACGAUUCGACCCAUCGUCUAUGCCCUUGCCCGAGCCUCUGUCGUGCGCGGCCACGGCGAGAAGGAAGGGACGCCGUUCAUCGAUGACUACAUUGCCAUCAAGGAACCGAUUGUAGACUAUCUCACAUCGUACUCGGGCAUCAGGGAGGAAGACCUGGAUCCUCGCAUCUCGAAGCACAGCCUGCUACCGCUGAAGAUGGCAUACAAGAAGCUCUGGGUUCUCCUGAACUUGGGUUGCAAGUUCCUGGGCCACGGACUGAAGCAGGAUUUUCGAGUCGUGAACAUUCACGUUCCUAAGACUCAGGUCAUCGACACCAUCGACCUCUUCUUCCUCCAGUCACGCCUCCGCAAGCUCUCUCUCGCCUUUUUGGCGUGGUGCCUCCUCAAGGAGGACAUCCAGCUGGAGACGCAUGACUCCAUCGAGGACUCCCGCACCGCUCUCAAGCUAUAUAGGAAAUACUUGGAAUUCGAGGACGCCGGCAUCUUGGACGCCAUGCUGCAGGACAUUUAUCGUGCCGGCCGGGAGGUGAACUUCAAGCCGCCAAGGAAGGACGAUUGCGACGUGCAGAGGGUGGACACCCCGCCGCUGCCGGCGGACGGGGGAACGCCUAGGCCAUCGACACCCGUGAGAAAAGCGAUUGGGCUGGCGGCGCCGACGCAGGGGACGUCAGGUUUCGGUGGUGCCAGUUGGACGCCGGGUAAGGGGUCGCCGUUGAGAUGA